UAUUCAUCUUGUACAUGCUGAGCAUGUCACCCCAAUAGAAUAUCAAUAGUCUUUCAUUUGUACAUGUUGAGCAUGUCAGACCACGAUAUAACACCAUGAGCCUUCGAUUCGUACAUGCUGAGCAUAUUACUUCGAAAUUUCCCAAUCAAGAUCAUUUGCUGAUGCUCAUCAUGUCUCUUAUAUUACUACCACUCAUUUUUAACUCAAUAAUUACUUUGUUUCAGCAUGUAAUUUUGUAUUAUUCACCCAAAACUGUUCAUCUUUCAAGAACUCCAACAGUCCACCCCAGUAGCUGCACCGCGGAUGACAUGCUGCUGUCGUGCCGGAGUGAUUCGCCGCCGCCCCGGAAACACUGACCGCCACUUCCCUAGAGACGCUGACUGCCGCUGCCCCGGAGAAAUUGAAUAUUGCUUGUCUGAAGAAGGUCGUCGUAGCUCUGGAGAAACAGAACCGCCCGCUUAUUGAACCGCCGGAACGGCCCGCCUACUGUGCCUUACUAUUACCACCCGUCAUCGGCCAAAACCUCUGGCGUCGUUGUCUUCUCUUGUAGACUCCAGACCAAGGCCGGAAAAAGCCGCAGCUCCUCUUCCAUUCGGCAAGUGGUUGACGAGGUCGAGAGCUCGACGCAACACCGCACGCCGCCACUAAUAACCAAAUUCAAUAUCAAUUAUUGUUCCCUUAUGGUGAAGAUGGCUAUCGUGAUGAUACGCCGUUGUCUAGAGGUGGUAAUGUUGUUGGAGCUGGCAGAAAGAGAGUGAGUAUUCGCGAGUUCCUUGCAUUUCGGCUUCAAGAGCGGUGUGACAAUCAUUCUUCAAUGUUAAGGAUGAAAAGGCUUUUUCAACAGUUCAUUGUUGACGGUCAUACCUUGGUUGAGGCGGCGCGUUUGAGGUUUGUUAGGACCCAUCAAAUCGAACUGCGUUGUGAGAUGUAUAAAGGUUUGAGUGAUGCUUUUUUACGUGGAGAAAGUGAUUCACGCACACAGGGUAAGAGAAUUGUGUUGCCUCCGACCUUUACCGGAGGAGCACGCUUUAUGAUACAGAAUUAUCAAGACGGCCAUGGCCAUUUGCAGGUGGGCAGGUUAUCCUGAUUUAUUCAUAACGUUCACGUGCAAUCCAAGAUGGCCAGAAAUCGAUCAUUUCUUGCAUCCGAGGAAUUUGAAAGCGGAAGAUCGUCCAGAUAUAGUGAGUCGUGUUUUCAAGAUCAAGCUCGACGGUUUGAUUAGAGAUCUACGGAAGAAUAGAGCUUUUGGAAAUGUCAGGGGAGUGGUCUACACAAUUGAAUUUCAGAAACGUGGUUUGCCACAUGCCCAUAUAUUGCUUUGGUUAGCAACAAAUGAUAAAUUGCCCUCGCCGGUUGACAUAGAUAGGGUAAUAUCUGCAGAAAUUCCUGAUAUAAACGCUGACCCACUGUACUAUGCUGCUGUGAAGAACUUUAUGAUGCAUGGCCCUUGCGGUAAUGUUGCAAAAUCUGCGCCUUGCAUGGUUGACGGUAAAUGUACCAAGCAUUUUCCUAAAAAAUGGUGUGAGGAGACGACAGUGGACGCCGACGGUUACCCAAUCUAUAGGAGGAAAUGUGAUGACCGCAGAAUAAUAAAAAAUAAGGUUGAUUUGGAUAAUAGAUUUGUUGUUCCACACAGCCGUUAUUUAUUGAUGAAAUAUGGAGCCCAUAUGAAUGUGGAGUGGUGUAAUCAGUCAAGGUCAAUCAAAUAUUUGUUUAAAUACAUAAACAAAGGUUGUGACCGGGUCACAGCAGGGUUUUACCAAACAACUGAUGCUGAGGCAGGACAAAAGCCAGUUGAUGAGAUACAAAUGUACCACGACUGCAGAUACAUCUCCUCUUGCGAGGCUGCUUGGCGCAUAUUUGGUUUUGAAAGUCAAUAUAAAACCCCGCAUGUUAAACGCCUGAGCUUCCAUUUACCAGGAGAGCAGAGUGUUGUUUUUCGCGACGAUGAGCCUCUCGAUUCAGUGGUUCGAGCAUGUUCUGUUAAGGAGAGUAUGUUCACAGCGUGGAUGGAGGCCAAUAAGAAGUACCCGGAAGCAAGACUUUUGACAUAUGCAGAGUUUCCUCAGAAGUUUGUUUGGAAACAAAAGACAAGAGAAUGGUCUCCCAGAAAACAAAACUUUGCUAUUGGUAGAGUUUAUCAUGUCCAUCCCGGCAGUGGUGAAUCUUAUUACCUCCGAUGUCUUUUAAAUCAUGUUCGUGGUGCAACAAGCCAUCAGGACUUGAGAACCUUGAAUGGUGUCAUUUAUGAUUCUUUUCGUGAUGCAUGUUAUGCGUUGGGCUUACUCGACGAUGAUAAAGAAUUCAUUGAUGCUUUCACAGAGGCAAGCCAUUUCUCAUCUGCCUUUUGUUUGAGAAUUUUAUUUGUGAUAUUAUUGUGGACAGAGUCAAUGGCAAGACCUGAGUAUGUUUGGGAAAAAUGUUGGUCCUUCAUGGCUGAUGACAUCCAAUACAUGCGGAGGAGAAUAUUACAACAUCCAGAUCUUAUUCUUUCUGACGACCAGUUAAUGAGGUUUGCUCUGGAAGAAAUUCAGAGGUUAUUACUGUGACACCGCACCCGAAUGUCCUUGGAGAUUUGAUUUAAAUAUUCAAAGUUUAUGUAUUGGAUUUCUGAUUCCCA